GGGCCCCGAACAAAGCUUAUAUUUGGUAAUUUGAGAGACCUAGGAACUUUACCUCACCGAAAACUCUUUCAACUGUCUGAACAAUUUGAAAACGUUUACAAUUUAAAGUUAGGCAAGUGGAAAGCCGUCGCUGUGAAUGGGAUACAAUCAUGCCGAAACAUUUUAAUAAAAAACGGCAAAGUUACUGCCAGCAGACCUAACUUUGAAUCUUUCAAAUAUUACAGUCACGGUCGUAGUCUGUCGUUUCAACCAUACAACGACAUCUGGUUAACUCAGAGGAAGGCAACUAGCAAAAUCAUCGCAAAACUUAUCACCACUGGUUCGGCUUUGGACAUCGCACACAGACAGAUGAAAGGUUUAGUGGAUAACUGGUCUUUAAAAGUAGAAUCAGAUAUGUUUGACGCUUUUCCAGAUAUUGUUGAGGCGGUAGGUGGUUUUAUAUAUUCUCUGUGCUAUGGUGAAAAUGAAAUUUUGAGUGCUAACAGUGAGUUCAAAAAAAUUCUACUCGAUCCGAACCCAGGCACAGAUAUGUUUGCUGUUGGUAACAAUAUUGAUCUUCUACCUCACGUAUUUCAAUUGUUUUCUAUGAAAAAACAUCAGAAGCACAUUGAUAGAAUGAAUUACUUUUUGCAGCUUCACAAUAAAAUGAAAGAAAAGGUAAAGCAUCGCUUAAUUCAACACCGACUUCAAUCGAACGAAAAAUACUUCGAUGACGUUAGAGCCAAUGAAUAUAACAACAUUCCCGAUCUUCACGAAGAUCAUUUCCUCAAUCUACCUGCUGAGUUUUUGUCUGCUGGCACGGAGACAUCGACGGCCGUUCUAUUAUGGUUGCUCAGGUAUGUGGCCCUCACUCCAGGUGUUCAAGACAACGUGUACAACGAGCUAAAACAAUACACGUCUCAAAAAUCUAACGAAACAACAUCGGUGGAGUAUGGAGAUCGUCCACACCUCCCGUACACAGAAUCAUGUUUGUUGGAAUCUUUGCGAUGUAUGGCUGUCGUCCCUUUUGCUCUUCCGCAUUUUACUACCAACGAUUUUGAAUCAGACGGCCUUUUGAUAAAGAAAGACACCUUGAUACUUCCAAAUUUGUGGUCCGUUGGACGCGAUCCUUCAGUCUGGUCAGAGCCGGAAAAAUUUAUUCCGGAAAGACAUCUAAACACUGUUAGAGCAAAAAAUGGCGGUGAUGCUAACUUUGCAUCUUCAAAAUCAGAAAAUUUUUAUCCAUUCGGUUUGGGAAAGAGACGAUGUGUAGGCGAACCCCUAGGCAGAAUGUUAAAUUUUAUUUUAUUUUCCAACAUAAUGCUG